CGAUUCUCCAAACCCGUAUCUCGAUCGCACAGAUUCAUUAACAUCAUCAUUGCCGAACCAAAGAUCAUGUCGGGGAACAGACAACGCUCGCUAAUCUAUGCCAUCGGCGCGGCGGCCGUUGUGAUGGUUGGCGCCUACUCAGGUGCAAAUCUCAAGACGGAUUCGGAGAAGAAGCAGCUGAGGCAAGAAUUUCUUGCGGAGACGAAUGAGCAGAAGAUUGCGCGGCUCGAGGCGCAGAAGGCCGUGUGGAUGCGCCAUAGGGACGAGCUGAUCAAGAAGAUCGAACAGAUUGACGCUGGGGCGACGAACACGACGGGAGAGCGGACGAAGGGGCCUUGAGGCUCGGCUCGAUUUCGACAGCGAGAACCACGAAAAUGACAGAUCAAAGGGAUGCCGCUGUUGGAUGUGAUUAAGAAUCCAUGCAUAACAUCUCACAUCUACCAGAACUUGACCAUAGUCCUUGAAGAAUUGUGCAGCGUUUGCUGCUCUGCUCAUGUAGACCGUCAGCUUUCGGUCUGGAUGAAAACGCGAAGACCAGGUGAUUCAUUACGGAUGGAUUGAUAUCCUUACUCAAACCAACUUCUAUGGUGCGAGAUUGGACGUGCGCUCAAGUUCAUUCUAAGAGUGAAUGGCUAUUGGAGUGGAUGUACAAACACUAAGAGUUAUCAUUCAGGACUAUAUAAGCUUAAAUUGCAUUCCAAACGGACGGAAGUCUCAGCAUAUCGAACUAGGCGUAAGGUUUUCCAG